AUGGCCCAGGGGCUGCAGCACGCGGAGUUCGCUCGCGCCGGGCAGCAGGCCGGGCUGCAGGUCUGGCGCGUGGAGAACUUGCAGCUGGCGCCGGUGCCCGAGCGCGCGUUUGGAGACUUCUACGUCGGGGAUGCCUACCUGGUGCUUCACACUGCCAAGAAGGGCCGCCGCUUCACCUACCACCUGCACUUCUGGCUGGGAAAGGAAUGUACACAGGAUGAAAGUACAGCGGCUGCAAUCUUUACUGUCCAGAUGGAUGAUUAUUUGGGUGGAAAACCAGUGCAGCAUAGAGAGCUUCAAGGCUAUGAGUCGACUGAUUUUGUUGGCUAUUUCAAAGGAGGUCUGAAGUAUAAGGCUGGAGGUGUAGCAUCAGGAUUCAAUCAUGUUCUCACAAAUGACCUGACUGCUGAGAGGCUUCUGCAUGUGAAGGGGCGAAGAGUGGUCAGGGCUAUGGAAGUUCCCCUGAACUGGAAGAGUUUCAACAAAGGAGACUGCUUCAUCGUUGACCUUGGCACCGAAAUUUACCAGUGGUGUGGAUCCUCCUGCAACAAAUAUGAGCGUCUAAAGGCAAGUCAGGUUGCUAUUGGCAUUCGGGACAAUGAGCGCAAAGGAAGAGCACAACUAGUUGUGGUAGAAGACGGAAGUGAACCAAAGGAGCUUAUUAAGGUUCUAGGAAAGAAGCCAGAACUUCCAGAUGGGAGUGAUGAUGAUGAUACAAUUGCAGACAUGACUAACAGGAAGAUGGCCAAGCUUUACAUGGUUUCAGAUGCCAGUGGGUCUAUGAGAGUGAGUGUGGUAGCCGAAGAAAACCCCUUUUCCAUGGCCAUGCUGCUUUCUGAAGAAUGCUUUAUUUUGGACCAUGGUACAGCAAAACAAAUUUUUGUUUGGAAAGGGAAAGAUGCUAAUCCCCAGGAGAGAAAGGCUGCAAUGAAGACAGCUGAAGAAUUUCUACAGCAAAUGAAUUAUUCUACCAAUACUCAAAUUCAAGUUCUUCCAGAAGGAGGUGAAACACCAGUUUUCAAACAGUUCUUUAAGGACUGGAGAGAUAAAGAUCAGAGUGAUGGCUUUGGGAAAGUGUAUGUCACAGAGAAAGUUGCUCACAUAAAGCAAAUUCCAUUUGAUGCUUCCAAAUUGCACACUUCCCCACAGAUGGCUGCACAGCACAACAUGGUGGACAAUGGUUCUGGCAAAGUGGAGAUUUGGCGAGUGGAAAGCAAUGGUAGGGUCGAAAUUGAUAAAAACUCAUAUGGUGAAUUCUAUGGUGGUGAUUGUUACAUUAUUCUCUACACUUAUCCCAGAGGACAAAUUAUCUACACAUGGCAAGGCGCCAAUGCGACUCGUGAUGAGCUGACCACAUCUGCAUUCCUGACUGUUCAACUGGAUCGGUCUCUUGGGGGACAGGCCGUACAGAUCCGUGUGUCCCAAGGCAAAGAACCAGCCCACCUGUUGAGCUUGUUCAAAGACAAACCUCUCAUUAUUUACAAGAAUGGAACAUCAAAGAAAGAAGGCCAGGCCCCUGCUCCCCCUACACGCCUCUUUCAAGUCCGUAGAAACCUGGCAUCUAUCACCAGAAUCAUCGAGGUAGAAAUUGAUGCCAAUUCACUGAAUUCCAAUGAUGUUUUUGUCUUGAAACUGCCACAAAACAAUGGUUAUACCUGGAUAGGAAAGGGUGCUAGCCAGGAUGAAGAAGACGGAGCUGAGUAUCUAGCUAAGGUUCUGAAAUGCAAAACUACAAAGAUUCAGGAAAGUGAAGAACCAGAGGACUUCUGGAAUUGCCUUGGAGGGAAAAAAUGUUAUCAGACCUCACCACUGCUCGAGACCCAGACUGAAGAUCAUCCUCCUCGUCUCUAUGGCUGCUCCAACAAAACGGGAAGAUUCAUUAUUGAAGAAGUUCCUGGAGAGUUCACCCAAGAUGACUUAGCUGAAGACGAUGUCAUGCUGCUAGAUGCUUGGGAACAGAUUUUUAUUUGGAUUGGCAAAGACGCCAAUGAAGUUGAAAGAGCAGAAUCGCUAAAGUCUGCCAAAAUGUACCUUGAGACGGAUCCUUCUGGACGAGACAAGAGAACACCUAUUGUCAUCAUAAAACAGGGUCAUGAACCCCCCACAUUCACGGGUUGGUUCCUAGGCUGGGACUACAACAAGUGGUAA